AUGUCCAAUGUUACCAUCGUAACGGGUUUCCUGCUGCUGGAAUUUUCUGAGGAAAGAAUGCUUCAGAUUCUACACUUUGUCGUCUUCUUAGCAAUGUACUUGAUGGUCAUGAUAGGGAACCUCCUCAUCAUCAUCUUGGUAACCCUCAACACCCACCUGCACACCCCAAUGUACUUCUUUCUCAUCAACUUGUCAGUGGUUGACCUUGGAUCUACCUCUGUUACGAUUCCUAAAGCCAUGUUCAAUGCACUCAUGAACACAAGGUGGAUUUCAUUUUAUGAGUGUGCUGCACAAAUGUUUUUCUUUGUCCACUUCCUGUCAUCAGAUAUAUUCCUCCUCACCAUUAUGGCCUAUGAUCGAUAUGUUGCCAUCUGUUACCCACUGCACUAUGUAUCUGUCAUGAACUGGGGACGCUGCAUCCAGAUGAUGGAUACAGUACAUGAAGUGCGGCAGAAUGCCACAGUUGUCACUGAAUUUAUACUCCUGGGACUCUCCAGCAAUCCUGAAGCCCAGCUCAUUCUUUUUGGUCUCUUUCUGCUCAUCUACUUGGUGGUCCUGAUUGGGAACACCCUUCUUUUCCUCCUCAUCAGUUUCAACAAAAGUCUCCAUAGCCCCAUGUACUUCUUCCUGGGUAAUCUUUCUCUAGUAGACAUUGGGUAUACCACUUCCACAGUGCCCAAGAUGCUGACAAAUUUUCUCUUCCAGGACAGGACUAUUUCCAUAGCUGGUUGCUUCUCCCAGAUGUACUUCUUUAUCUCCUUUGGUGGCAUCGAAUGCCUCCUGCUAGGUGUGAUGGCGUAUGACCGAUAUGCUGCCAUUUGCCACCCCCUGCAUUACAGUGUGCUCAUGAGGCCCCAAGUUUGUAUCAUUUUAGCAGCUACUGCUUGGAUUCUAGGCUUGGCUAACUCAGGCGUGCACUCCGGCAUGCUUUCUCGUUUGUCCUUCUGUCAGGACAAUGUCAUCCAUCACUUUUUCUGUGACAUCCCACCCCUUUUCCAGCUGUCUUGUUCUGACACCCAAGCUAAUCAAAUUGCUACCUUUGUAGUGGGUGGAGGUGUGGUAAUGAGUUCCUUUCUGGUUACUCUCGUGUCUUACGUAUACAUAGCAAUGGCCAUCCUCAGGAUCCGCACCAAAGAAGGGCGUCUCAAGGCUUUCUCGACCUGUACCUCUCACCUCACUGUAGUAAAUAUUUACUUUGGCACCAUAAUUUUCACAUACCUGAAGCCCAACUCCACAUAUUCUCAGGAGCAGGACCGAGCCUUGCCUGUUCUGUAUGGGAUCAUUGUACCUAUGCUUAAUCCAAUUAUAUACAGUUUACGGAAUAAGGAUGUGAAAAGGACACUUUGGAAUGCCGUGGGUAGUUCUAAACAAGAUAAAGUGAUCAAUUUGUAA